AUGCACACAGAGGAAACCUUGGUGUGGGCUGUACCAUGCAAUGAGCCAGCAGUGGCAAGUCUGCAACUGGGCAGAGGUGGUUUCAAAUGGAGAGAAAUCACCCAGGGCAAUCAUGGAGCCUGUGACAAGUUACCCUUAAGAAGAGGAGAGAUAAGGCUGGAAAACCGUCCAAUCCCGGAACCAGGUCCCAAUGAGGUCCUGCUGCGGAUGCACUCAGUUGGGAUCUGUGGCUCUGAUGUUCACUACUGGCAGCAUGGCCGGAUCGGGGAUUUUGUCGUGAAGAGCCCCAUGGUGUUGGGGCAUGAAGCUUCUGGGACUGUGGUCAAAGUGGGAUCAGGAGUGUCUCAUCUGAAACCAGGUGAUCGAGUGGCCAUCGAGCCUGGUGUCCCAAGGGAAAUGGAUGAGUUCUGCAAAACUGGCCGUUACAACCUGUCUCCAACCAUCUUCUUCUGCGCGACACCUCCCGACGAUGGGAACCUGUGCCGCUACUACAAGCACAGUGCCAGCUACUGCUACAAGCUUCCAGAUAAUGUCACCUUUGAAGAAGGAGCCCUGAUUGAGCCCCUUUCGGUGGGAAUCCAUGCCUGCAAAAGAGCAGGAGUCACUCUGGGAAGCAAAGUCUUUGUGUCUGGCUCUGGACCAAUUGGCCUUGUUAAUGUGCUUGUUGCUAAGAUGAUGGGUGCAGCUGCUGUGGUAAUUGCUGAUUUAUCUGCCUCUCGCCUGCAGAAAGCCAAGGAGGUGGGGGCAGAUUUCACCAUUCAGGUGACGAAUGAGACCCCACAGGAGGUGGCUUCCAAAGUGGAAAGUCUGCUUGGCUGCAUGCCCGAGAUAACUGUGGAGUGCACAGGAGUGCAAGCCUGUAUCCAGGCUGGCAUUUAUGCCACUCGUUCUGGUGGGACCUUGGUGCUGGUGGGGCUGGGACCUGAGAUGGUCACGGUGCCCAUCGUCAACGCUGCCGUGCGGGAGGUGGAUAUCCGGGGGAUAUUCCGCUACUGCAACACGUGGCCCGUGGCCAUUGCUCUCCUGGCAUCCAAGCGGAUCAACGUCAAGCCCUUGGUCACCCACCGCUUCCCUCUGGAAAAGGCUCUUGAGGCCUUCGAGACCACCAGGAGGGGCGAGGGGGUAAAAGUCAUGCUGAAGUGUGACCCCAAUGACCACAACCCCUGAGAUGCCACCGUGCCCGGCCCCUCUCCCCCUUCCACCGCCUGCCUGAGGUGGGAAGCACGAGGCCACAGGAGGCUGAUCCUUGGCUGUUGCACAUUUCCAGUCACCUUGUGCAGGCUGCUUUGUAAUAGAGCUUGAGAAUCAAAUGCUAAUGAGGGUGAAUGACAC